GUGGCAUUGCGGACGCAGGCGCUGGUUUUAUUUCAGGUCUGUCCCUAAAUCAUAACCCGAUUAGGAUUUGACGGUGUGGAGACGGGGAGAGGCUUUGAGAAAGAGAGCAGCGAGUGGGAUAAGUGCCUACCCCGCGCCAUUAACUGCAGUCUAGCUGAUCAGCCACACUGACUCCAAACCUUGCCAGAGGGACAGUGAGAAGGGAGCGAGAAAUUUCCAUUGAGUGUAGAUUAGGCCCAGGUGAUGGCACAAUGGUUAUACAAAGGAAUGUCAAUGUGAUUAAAACAAAUUUUAAAAAAAUCUCUACACUUGAUGGUAUGAGUCUCUUGAAUACUUCAUCAUGAAUAGGACGACAGCCGUAUGUUGGAUGGUCAUUCUGCUGGUAGCCACCUUCUGUGAGAAUGGCACUUGCAAGGGAGGGAGAGGAGGGGCUCGGGGGUCAGCCCGGGGUUCUGCCCGCGGGCGUCUCCGCGUACCCCGGGUACGGGUCAGUCACCCCAGUCGCUACGGGUCCUACGGCUCCAAAGCCCGAGUGGCAGUAGCAGGGGCAGCGGCUGGAGCUGCAGCUGGACUUGCAGUUGGAUACGCAGCGGGCAGAUUGCGGGGUUCAAGGCUGAUUUGGGAUGAGGAUGCACAGAGCUAUGUUAACAUGAGCUGCGUCCCAGUCAAAAACUGCACAUCUGACGGAGGAGUGUACAGCUAUAGAGCCUGGACAUCCUCAGCCUCAUCUUUCUGGCCUUCCUACAGCUUAUCAUCCAUCUGUUCCGUGCUGACCUUCAAAUAUGUCCAACUUUAAGACCCCAGAGAGCGGUGCUCAAUGGCUCUACCACAGCUACAAUCAUCGGUCUCUUUAGGAAUUUCAUCGGUGCUUUAGUAUUGUUCAUAGACACAUCACUCAUUU